AUGCUUCAACACAAAUGUUCCUCUGCCUUUGAUUCCGUUUCUACAGUCCCUAUACUUGUUCAUAAAACUGUUAAACACUCAUCUGCAUCUGUUAUAGAUAUGAUGCCACCCUCUACUCCCAAAUCUCCUUUUCUUAGCUCUUCACUCGAAGAGUCUCACGUUAAAUGCUAUAGGGGUGUCCGGAAGAGGUCGUGGGGCAAGUGGGUGUCUGAAAUCAGAGUUCCAAGGACUGGAAGACGAAUAUGGCUAGGUUCAUAUGAUGCUCCAGAGAAGGCAGCUCGAGCCUAUGACGCUGCUUUGUUCUGCAUUAGGGGUGAGAGAGGAGUUUUCAAUUUUCCCAAUGAUAAAAAGCCGCAGCUUCCGGAAGGUUCUGUCAGGCCUCUGUCCAAGCAUGACAUACAGACAAUAGCAGCAGACUAUGCUUUAUCAGUUGUGUCUGUGCCCUCUCCUACCGCCACAAUCUCUGUAACAGCUCAGGUUCCUGCUUCCUCUGAUGUAUCUGUUUCUACUGAGACUGUAGAGAUUGCCAAUGAUCAUUAUCUCCCGGUCCACGCAACUGAAGAAUCAAUAUUCUCAGUAGAAGACUUACAACUGGAAAAUUUCCUCAUGAUGGACAUUGACUGGAUAAACAAUCUAGUAUGA